UUUUUUUGGCCCAUCGAACAGUCAGAGCAACAUGGCCGACGUUCAAGAGCGUCUUAAGAAGCUUGGUGCCGUUGCGCGCGUUGGUGGCAAGGGCACCCCGCGGAGGAAGCAGAAGCGGGCUCCCGUUAGGUCCGGCGCCGACGACAAGAAGCUUCAGGCGUCCCUGAAGAAGCUGAACGUCCAGCCCAUCCAGGCCAUUGAGGAGGUCAACAUGUUCAAGUCGGACGGCAACGUUAUCCACUUUGCUGCCCCCAAGGUUCACGCCGCCGUCCCCGCCAACACCUUCGCUAUCUACGGCAAUGGCGAGGAUAAGGAACUUACCGAGCUCGUCCCCGGUAUCCUCAACCAGCUUGGCCCCGACUCGCUGGCCUCUCUCCGCAAGCUUGCCGAGAGCUACCAGAACCUCCAGAAGACUGAGAAGGAGGGAGAUGAUGACGAGAUCCCUGACCUUGUAGAGGGCGAGAACUUCGAGAGCAAGGUCGAGUAAGCAACGGGAACGGAUCAAAGCCGUCUGAGGAUCCAUGAUGCAUAUGAACCUGGCGAUGGCGGCAAAAGGGAAAGGAAAAAUUGGGUCUAGGCAUCUCGGUUUUACCGGAAUUUGGGGAAAAGGUACAUCCCUAAGAAUAUGAACCUGGCAUCACGAAUGCACCUCUUUGCAACAACCUGAGUGACUUCCUGGGAGAUUUCUAAAUGGUGAUGGAUGUGAUGGCAUCACUGCGUGGUCCUAACAGCGUAGCCGAGCUGAUGCAGCAACAAGAUGGGCAGGAAGGAAUCUAUCAGCUCGGACGGAAGAAGUCAUCCGACUAGAGUUGAUUCUUGGUAUGCCACUGGGAGCGAAGUCCUCCUAUCCGAAGCUACC